AUGGGAAAAGAAGAUUUAGAAAAAGUUAGAUUGAAAGUUGGGACUAUUGUCAAAUUCCAGUGGGAGGUAUUAAGAAGAAUAGGUGAAGGUGGCUGUGGUUUAGUUUUUCAAGUAAUAAAUAUGAAAAAACCUGGACAUUUUGCUGCAAUGAAAAUAGAACCGAUUGGAAUGAUUAGCGAUGAUCAAAUACUAAAAAUGGAAGUGCAUGUUUUAAAAAAAUUAAACAAAUCUAAACAUGCUUGUAAGCUAUAUGCAGCUGGCAAGGGUACCAAUUACUAUUUUUUAGUUAUGACCUUAUUGGCAAAGUCAUUGUGUGAAUUAAGAAAGCACUGUCCAAAUCAGCGUUUCACAUUGUCUACAUCAAUAAGAUUAUGCAUGCAAUGCUUGGAAGGAAUAGAAGAUUUGCAUAAUAUCGGAUUUAUUCAUCGAGAUGUAAAACCAUCAAAUUUCGCGAUGGGACGUAAGCCAACAACAAUGCGCACAGUAUUCAUGCUUGACUUUGGUCUUGCUAGGCAAUACUGUGAAUUUGACAAAAAAGGUGAAGCUAAAUUGCGUGAACCACGUAAAAUGGUACCCUUUCGAGGUACUAUUCGGUAUUGCUCGGUAAAUGUUCAUCGUCGAGAUGAACAAGGACGCCAUGAUGACUUAUGGUCACUUUUGUAUAUGACGGUAGAAAUGAUACUUGGCACAUUGCCCUGGAGUAAUAUGAAUCGCGCACGCGCUGAACUUUGUAAACAAAGUUCGGAGAAGACACUCGUUUCCAGUUUGCCUAUAGAGUUUCAUCUUUUUCUCAAGCAUCUCAAGAAAUUAAAUUAUAACCAUAAACCAGAUUAUAAAAUGCUACAAAAUUUGCUACUACAAGUAUUAGUAAAAGAUGAGCAUACUUUAGCUGAUCCUUUUGACUGGGAGGCAAAUGGUGAACACGCUUCAAAAUUCACGAGAAAUGCUGUAAAGUGUAAAAGGCGAAAAGCAUCAGAUGAAAAAAUUGAAUUUGAGAAAAAUGAUAAAGAUGACAUGAAUACUCGAAUGGGUAUACAAACAAUUGUAGAUGAGAUAAACUUAACGGUAAUGUUUGAAGAUGACGAUGAAGGCCCAGCAUCUCAGGUGAGCGGAGUCUCACGUAGCGAUGACACGUUGAAGAAGUUGGAAGAACUCGGAUAA